AUUUCAGAAAAUUCGAAUACCCAGUGACCCGAAACCGCAACGAUGAUGCAUGUGAACUCGAAUCCUAUUCAUUGCCAAGAACAAAAAAAAGAACGAAACAACAUGGUGAGUCAAAACGUUUGAGUUUGCGUUUCAACAUUGGGGGCUAGAAGAAAUUGAAGAACAAGGCUCCAACUGUAAGGACAAUUUUGAAAGGAUCGAAAUUAAAAAGGGGAUUAGAAGAGAGAAGAGAGAAGAGAGAAGAGAUGAUGGAAGGCGAAGGAAGGAGCGAAGCCGGCAAAGCAUUUGGAUUGCUGAUAUGUGGUACGUUGGUGUACUACCAUUGUGCUUACCGCAAUUCUACCAUCCUCUCUCUCUUCUCCGAUGUCUUAAUCGUUCUCCUUUGCUCUCUUGCUAUUCUCGGCCUCCUCUUUCGUCAAAUGAACAUCUCGGUACCAGUGGAUCCACUUGAGUGGCAGAUCUCACAGGAUGCCGCUAAUAGCAUUUUUGCAUGGUUAGCUAAUACUGUGGGGGCUGCUGAGUCAGUUCUAAGAGUUGCAGCAACUGGACACGACAAAAGGCUAUUUUUUGGGGUUGUUGUUUGUCUUUACAUGCUGUCAGCCAUUGGACGAUUGGUCUCUGGCGCUACAGUUGCUUAUGCAGGAUUAUGCUUGUUCUGCCUUUACAUGCUUGCUGAGAACUCACAGUCAAUCAGAACAUGCGUUCCUCAGUUACAGAGGCAAAGAAAUGGCACCAGUGUCGAAGACAAUAAUAUGUAACUGCAGGUGCAGUUUGAAAACUUAGUGAAGCAAUUGAACAGAAAAUAUUAGGAAAGCAAGUUGAAGCUUCUGAACAUUGUUUUCAGAUCAGGCCAAGUUGCAUUAGUGAUGUUCAGUGCUGUACUUUUCCUAUGGUUGAUCUUUAUCAAUAAAACUAAAUUCAUUUAUAUCAAGUACGCAUGUAACCUCUAAGAACGUGAGAGAAACUUUUGAUCUUAA